AUGUGGCCACGGACGGCACCGCUCCCCCGAGCGACUUGUCGCAACCCUCGUCUUCCCCCGAGGGCACCAUGCGGAGCGCGUAGCUUUGGCGUUACGGCGCAAACAAAUCCGCUACGAUGCGAAAUCCGUCGUCCGCUUCUUUCUUCACACCAAUCCGGCCCGACGCAACAAAGGAGAUUUAUUACACAGAAGUAUCUUCAGCGCAUGCAGGAAGGAAGGGAGGAAUGGGCUCGACAUGCAGAGGAGAUCAAGGCAGGGAAGCGGAAGAACUUCGCGGCCCACCUGGAGGAGCGAGGAUUGAUUCAUGAUGUUGUUGGAGAGCGCGAUCUACUACACAAAGUGUUCACCGAGAAGAGAGCUGGUAUCUACGUCGGAAUCGACCCCACGGCACCUUCGAUGCACGUUGGACAUAUGCUGCCUUUCAUGGUAUUGGCUUGGGGAUAUGUUUGGGGAUUACCAGUGACCUUCCUGCUGGGUGGUGCCACUUCUCGAGUGGGUGACCCAACAGGGCGAUUGAAGGGACGCGAGCAAGUCCAUUCCUCUAUUCGCAAAGCGAAUAUGGCUAGCAUGCACAUGCAAUUGAAGAAGUUGGGCACAAGCAUCGAGCAGUAUGGUCGACGACACGGCUAUGAGAGGAAACCUAUUUGGAAACGGGCGCUGCUCAACAACAACACUUGGUGGAACUCGAUGCCUUUUAUUCAAGUUCUGCGGGAUUUGGGAGCAUACAUGCGACUUGGCCCUAUGCUGGGGCGAGACACUGUCAAGAACCGACUGAGCCAGGGUGACGGCAUGUCCUUCGCCGAGUUCUCUUACCCCCUCCUCCAGGCAUGGGAUUGGUGGACCAUGUUCCAGAAGGGUACCCAGGUGCAAGUUGGAGGAUCCGACCAAUAUGGCAAUAUCUUGUUUGGAAUGGAUGCCGUGAAGGCGAUCAGCCGCAACACCGCCGACGAACAGCUUCGCAAUCCUCUGGAGUCGGAGCUGGACCGGCCCAUCGGAUUCACCACUCCUCUUCUGACCGCGCCAUCCGGAGAAAAGUUCGGAAAGUCCGCGGGUAAUGCGAUCUGGCUGGACAAGGACAUGACUUCCACUUUUGAACUCUACCAGUUCUUUGUCCGUACACCUGAUGAUACCAUCGAGAAAUAUCUCAAGCUGUUUACCUUCAUCCCGCUGCCCGAGAUUGCCUCCAUCAUGGAAGAGCAAAACAAGGAUGCUUCGAAGCGGGUAGCCCAGCACAAACUGGCCUAUGAAUUUGUCGAGCUGAUUCACGGUAAAGAGGAAGCCGAUGCCGUUUCGCUUCAGCAUCGCCAGCUGUUCCGGCCCCGGUCGUCAACCAGCGAGCCCUCUCCUAUGCCUCGGACCACGACUCCUCCCGCCAGCCAUGCCCAAUCUUCUACCUCAGGCUUCGUGACUCCCCAGUCUGGAAACCAGUAUGCGUCUCAGACCAACUUUGCCAACAUGCCCAAUGCUCGGGUCACUCUUCCUAAGUCCUUGGUUCACAACCAAUCCUUCAACAAGAUUCUUUGGUCUGCUGGUCUAGUAGCUUCUAAGGGCGAGGGCCACCGUGUUAUUGUGAACAACGGCGCCUACGUGGGUAGCCGUCCCGGUGACAGCGGGCCUAUGUCCGAUGAUCUUGCGUUUACUCCUAUCCGCCCUUGGCCUGCCGAGAAGACUCAGGAGUACAUCAUUGGCGACAACCUUCUGAUGCUGAAGCUCGGAAAGUGGAAGUUUAAGAUGAUUGAGAUCAUUAGCGACGAGGACUUCCGUGCUAAGGGGCUGACUGCUCCUGGAUGGGAGGAGGCGGAAUCGACCGAGUCGAAGGAAUGA